AUGAGUGUCCACGUUGUUUCCAAGCUGGAUAAUCGGCGACAUGCAACGGUCCAAGUCCCACCACCAACAAACCCGUUAAGGCCAUCGUCGGUUCGCGUCCGCACGUCUCUUCUAGGCCUCACAUCGAACAACCUUACCUAUGCCAUGGGCGGCUCCGUGCUCGGAUGGUGGGAUGCCUAUCCUCUACCUGAUGCUUGGCCCGCCCCGUACGAGAACCAGACAUGGGGUAUCGUCCCAGCAUGGGGCUUCGCCGUCGUCCUCGAAACCACCGUCCCGGAUAUCACACCGGGGACAACACUCUUCGGACUGUGGCCGACGUCGUCGUGCCCCGUUGACCUCGAGCUCACUACUGCGGACCCUCAGCUCCCGGGCCACUGGCAGGAAGUCUCGCCGCACCGGCAGACCCUGGCGUCCUUCUAUAACCGGUAUACCAUUGUGGAUACAAAAGAUCGAGAUCUCGAUACCCUUGCCUGGGACGCCGUCGUCUAUCCUACCUGGGGAGCCGGGUAUAUCCUAAGCGAGUAUAUCUUCCCACCCGAUUCGGCCCACCCAGGCAUUCAUCCACUCGGUGCAGCUGGAGGAGACUGGACAGCGGAAGACGCCGAUCUCUCAAAGGCCGCAUUCAUCAGUCUUGCUGCGUCUACCAAGACGGCCCGGGGUGCAGCCUUCAACAUCCUCCGCAGACCGGCUGGGUCCGGACCCGCAGCAUUCCUCCAGAUAACAUCGUCGCCGACCCCCCUGGCAAAAGCCGCAGAGGCAUCGUCCCCAAACUUCCCCGUCAAGGUCCUGCCAUAUACAGAAAUCGCACAAGCCGCGCCGUGGCUUGAAAGGCUUGAGGCAAAGCCAGAACGCAUCGUGAUCGCCGACUUCGGCGGCCGAGAUGGGACCCUCGACGUGCUUCUCGAGACUAUCCAGAGCACGGGACUCCAGUCAGCAAAGGUAACGAUCAUCGCAGUCGGUAACCAGCAAAAGGUCCGUUUGUCUCCUCACGAAUAUCUAAGGGUUCAUGUAGCGCUCACUUCUACGAUCCACGGGCAGGUUUAUACGAUCCCCGAGAUCAUGGCCGCGCAGGCCUCGCAUGCGUCCAUGAAAGUCCAGAUGAACACGUCCGGGGUGCAGGGUGCUGCGCUGCGGCUUGGAGACCCGAAGACGUACUUUGAUGAGCUUAGGAAUCGUUGGGGGCAGUGGGUGGAGAGGCGAGAUAUUGUGGCGCCGGAUCUCCGGCUCGUCUGGGGGGAGGGUGUUGUUGGGGGACAUGGGAUUGAGGGCGGUUGGGAUGCUCUGUGUCGGGGUGAGGUUGAGCCUGAUCAGGCUCUGGUGUAUCGCAUGUAG